AUGCUUCGCGCUUACCAACAUAUUGUCUAUAGGAUUGAUGUACCGCGACGUCUGCGCCGUGCUAUCCUUCUCAACGACCUCGACCUUGUGAAGCGCAUCGUGCGCAACAACCCCUUGUACCUACAGAACCCGGACUUCGACGACAAGAGUAAUACAAGCUUGCAUCUCGCGGCGAAGAAUGGAUUCACCGCGAUUGCGGAAUUCCUUGUUGGAGCCGGCCACGAAAACGAGCUUGUCAGCCGCAACAACGAGCUCGAGACGCCGCUCAUGCUGGCAGCCAUGGCAGGCAAGGAAGAAGUCGGCGUGAUGCUGGCAAAGCGGUUUCCAGGAUGUAUUGCGUGGCAGAACAGAACUGGGCUGGACGCCCAGCUCAUGCUUGCCUGCAAAAGCGGCACAGGCACCCUUCACCUCAUCCCUACGUUACUCCUCCACGCACCCCAGAUCCUCACCUCCUACGACCACGUCGGCAACACGGCGCUGCAUCACGCCUCCGCUGCCGGCGAACUCAAAGCGCUCCGCAUGCUCCUCCAGUAUGGCGCCAAUCCGCUUGCCUCAAACGCUUACUCCUGA